AGGAGAAACAACAAGCGACCAGCCGAAGACGACGACGACCUCCCCCAGCCCUACAACGCAAACUCCCUCCAGGCGCCCAAGCGACGCGCCAUCUCGCCCUCCGAGCAGCCGCGGAAACUGAAGCGACCGGGAGCGCGCGCGCGCUUCUCCGAGGCCGAGCGAGAGGCCAUCCGCCAGCGCCAGCUCGAGCGCGAUCGUCAAGCCGCCGAGGCCGCCGCCUCCCAGGCCGCCGAGGAGAACAAGGUCCGGGGCAUCAACGACGUCGUCAGGGAGCACUACAACAGCGUGCCCGAGCGCGGGCGCGACUGGCGGACCCGCGAGAGCAAGAUCAAGGGCCUGCGCGUCUUCAACAACUGGGUCAAGAGCUGCAUCAUCCAGCGCUACUCGCCCGACGAGGACCACACGCCCGGGUCGCGCGAGAUGGGCCGGUCCAGCGGCAAGGAGCUCCUCGUCCUCGACAUUGGCUGCGGAAAGGGCGGCGACCUGAGCAAAUGGCAGCAGGCGCCGCAGCCCAUCCAGCUCUACGUCGGCCUGGACCCGGCCAACGUGAGCAUCGAGCAGGCGAGAGACCGGUACAGGCAGAUGGCCUCUCGCGGCGGUCGAGGCCAUCGCGGAGGACGCUUCAAUCGACCCCCUCCUCGCCUCUUUGACGCGCGGUUCCACGUCAAGGACUGCUACUCGGAGAGCAUCGAAGACGUGGAAAUCAUCCGGCAGGUCGGCUUCGACCCAUCCCCCAUGAACCGUCGCGGCUUCGACGUCGUCACCAUGAUGUUCUCAAUGCACUACGCUUUCGAGUCCGAGAAAAACGCCCGAACAAUGCUCAGGAAUGUUGCCGGCGCGCUCAAGAAGGGCGGCCGCUUCAUCGGCUGCAUCCCCAACUCGGACGUCCUCGGCGAGCGCGUCCGCGCCUUCAACGCCAAAAUGGCCGCCAAGCGCGAGGCCAAGAACGGCGGCGCGAGCGGAGAAGAAAAGGAAACAGCUGCAAAGGAACACAACGGCGAGGGCGCCUCCUCCACCACGCCCACCUCCACGCCGCCUCCCCAGGCCGUCACCGACGCCGCCGGCGGGGAGCAGGAGGACGGCGAGCUGGAAGAGGGCGAGGCCGAGCCGACCGCCGAAUGGGGCAACUCCAUCUACCGCGUGCGCUUCCCCGGCAAGACGCCCGAGGACGGCGUCUUCCGUCCUGCCUUUGGCUGGAAGUACAACUUCUUCCUGGACGAGGCCGUCGAGGAGGUCCCCGAGUACGUUGUCCCGUGGGAGGCGUUCCGUGCGCUGGCCGAGGACUUCAACCUCGAGCUGCAAUUCCACAAGCCCUUCCUCGAGAUCUGGGAGACGGAGAAGGAUGACCCGGAGCUGGGGCCCCUGAGCGAGAGGAUGGGGGUCAGGGAGAGGGGCACUGGGAGGCUGCUUGUUUCGGAGGAGGAGAUGGAGGCGGCGAGCUUUUACGUCGGCUUCUGCUUCUACAAAGUAUAG